CCACCUUGGGGCUUGCGCGCCCACAAAUAAGGCGCGGUGCAAAGGUUGUUGGAGGGUGGAAUCAGAAGAAGGCUGUGGGAUUGCAAAACGGGCGAAUGCUAGUGGGAACCUUCAGGCAGCAGAAUCCAUCACCCUGGAACCAGGGCAGGGAUGGACGAUGGAGCAGAGGAAACGUGUGUGCAGGACGACUCCAUACUAUCUGCCAGCGGCGGCUGAAAUGGUUUUCGGAACGGAGACUCCAGCAUCACUGCCAUUGGCACCGGCACCUGGAAGCAAUUCAUGGGCAGGGAGGGAUUAGAGUCCCAUAAGUGGGCAGCCGAUUGAUCCUCGGUGCGAUUGGAACAGAGCUAGGAGCAGGAGCAGCCGCAGGAGGCGCGCUCAUUGUCACCGUAAACCUGAAGUUGAAAACAACCGAACAUGAGUGGGAGGAAAGGAGAAAAGGCACACGACGCAGGCUCCGAGGGAAGAAGGGACCCAAGGGGAAACUGGAACUGGAAGGGGAUGACGUGCGACAAGCAUGCCACUGGCACUGCAACAAACACUGGCGGCCACUGGCAACACCCGUUACAAUUAUUAUUGGCAGCAUCCAGGCGCGGUUUUGGGCAUUUUGCAUCCCGAGAUCUACAGUUAUAGUCAACAACAACAACACAGUUAGGCAUGAUGAUUACCAGAUAAUUCGCUUCCUGAAAUGCAGUGUCAAUGCAGCCCUGCAACCGGGAGAUUCAGGAUGACACUGAUGUUCCUGAUGCUUCAGUUGCAGGCAUAGAAUGCACUCAGAAAACUGGAAGUCAUGAUCUUUGACCAGCUGGCGCUCAGCUUCCCAAAUCUCAGGCCUAUCAUAAUGCCUUUGUUCCUGCAUCAGGGUGUUACCUUCAACACGUUCACUCGUCCUUCUUCUCUCCACUACUACAAUGCCCUCGUCGGCAUCGUUGUUGCCCCGUAUCGUAACCGAUCCUCCGUAUUUCUUUUGCCACCGUCAUCAGCGCUUUGAGCGAAAUUGUCCAGAUGACCGGAACCCAUGAAUUGGAGGUGGGCGUCGGUUUCUGAAACUGGCUUGCUGCUCCGCCGCUGACUACUCGCAAACAUUCCCGGCUGCCACUGUCUCAAACACGCCAGAAACAGAGGAGCUGACCAGCCCACAGGCGCUAUUCUGGGCACCGUGAUUAGGGAUACGGCUUCUAUGUUUGUGACAAGUAGUCGUAAACAUGCACUCAAGGGUUCCCCGACCAUUUGGCUGAGCCUCGUUUGAGGCCCAGUAGAAGGAGGUGCAGAAUCCACUUUGGUUCCUUCCAUCCACUCCGAGGCAAGCUUGACAGUGCCUCAUUCUUCUGUACCUGCGCCUGCGCCACAUCUGCUGUCUGUUACACUGCCAACCUCGUCUCCUGCCAGAGUGUUGUCGUGCCCCAUUAGAGCCCAAAGCUCUCAGCCUGGUCCUCUUCUUUACACGUUCAGGAAAGCAAGCACGGCGCUCGUCCUCUGCAUAGGACAGCCAACACAGUUUUUGGACUUGCAGAUCCUGUUCGGGAGCUCUUCUUUUUCUUGAAGCUCCCGCCGCUCACGCUUGACCCGUUGACUCCAAUCCACCCUUCAAGCCUUAUUUGGAGGUCAUCCUUUCGAGCGAUAGUCGAACAGACUCAACCUUUUCCAUGCCGAUCCAUCCAGGGGUAAUCACGAAUGAGGCGAGAAUCCCGAAGCGUAACCUCAGCCGGGCGUCCUGGCUACGCAGUAUAACGUCACGUGCAUAAAGGCUCGAGCAAUGACGGAAAUCCGAGUAUAGCCGUGGCAACCGGACAGCGGUGAGCAAAAGGGCACGAAGACUAAUCAUGCGGCUAUCAGACGCUUGUCAAAUCUGACCAGAUAUACUGGCGGGACACCGACAAGUAGACCGAGUUUGUGCCCAACAAGCGUGCAGAUCUUGCUCGGGUUUGACCUCCGCACAUCAGGUUCGUUUCCUUCAAGUAUCUCUUCGUUCAGACGACUGCUCCUGCGGACGAUACUAACCUGUUGGCCACGUUAACGGGUUCAAGACAUGCGGUUAACUGCAGAUGGAAGUGGAUGUCAAUGUGCCACCUGGCAAGGCUGUUGAUCGGCCCUCGGUUGUGCUCAAGUCCCGUGCGUGCUGUGGCUGGAAAGCUGUUUGCCAUCAUCCUGGUAUUGCUCCAUCAUGUCUCCUGCAUCCUGUCCGUCAACCCAGGGCUUGCAGAGAGUGUCUCAGGUGGCGAAAUGGCGGUGUCGUUGUGCGUCCCGGACGAAUGCCUUUGCAUUGGUUAGUUCGUGACCCGAUAUUGAUUCAUUCCAGUCCAAUGAUGUGGAGGUUGGUGUUGGAUGUUCUUCAGGGCGCCGGCAUUAUAGACAUGCUCUCCACGCGGGGCCGCCGCCAUCAGAGGGUCCUUCUGAAUGAGGAAAUUGCCUCGACGAUACCAGUUCGCCUGGGGCUUCGAAGCGACUGAUGUUGUUUGAGAUCUUCAUUCUACGCCACAAACUAAUCUCUGCAGUGUGUGCCUAACCACCAUAAGCGAAGCGGUCGACGAUCCUCAUCUGUCGAGGAUGGCGUUUCCCAAGGGUGUUGAGCCACUAAUCGUCCAUCAGGCCACUCCUUGGACCAAGCCAGUCGGAAAGGGUGCAGCGUCCUAUACCAGAUAGUCAUGGCAUGUCACCGGCUGCAUGGAAGGGUUCUGUAGCCGCUGCUCGUGUCUGGGGACAUACAGGGCCGUUCUGCAGUGGCCGGUGAUCAUGGUACACUCUCGGGCGUUGCAGAGUUUGCCUCUGGGCAAACUAGCAUGAAGUGAGGCGCGCGGUGGGUCAGCUGGCCUUAAGCACUUGAGGAGGGUGUCCACACUGGAGCGCUCAACUUGAACCAUGCCUUGCUCUUCCGUUCAAGGCGGUUGAGGAGAACAGUUGUGUCUGUCAGUUCAAGUUGUCCUUCUGGGAGUACCAGUACGAUCCUUUUUGGAUCUCAGAAAAGCAUUAAGGGAAUUGGACUUUGGUGCGGCUCACCGUAUUCCUUGCUACCUAGGUAGGGUGGAAUCGAACUCAUACAGAUACUGUCCCUAUCCUGUACACUCAGUACUUGGACUAGAUCCAGCAAUUCAGCCAUUUCUGCACUGUGUACCUAUGUACGGACGGAUGUUCCCAAGGUAUUACCUAUAUCCCGAGGUCCUCUGGACACAGAGCCCGAAACGAAGAGUUGACCAAUCCCCGUAACGGCACAACCAACGCCAAUCUCUUGAACAACUAGAUGCGCGCACUCCAUCCCUAAUCAUCCACCGAUUGCUAUUUAAGACGCGAGUCCGUAUACGUGGGCAUAAAGACCGUCUUCGACGCUCAGAGAGACAAACGCAAUACAACGGAGAAAAUUUGGGAGGCCACUAGUAAGGGUGACGCUGCACCUGGUGUUCUUUGAUGUCGCCGGCUGGCAUGUCGUCCAUGUACCAGGUACCUUCUUAACACUGUGUCAAGCUAUGCAAAGUCACAUUUGGGGUGAUGGUAUGCAGGCCGGUUCAUGUUUCCGGAUGCAUUCAAAGAAGAGCGACAGCGCCCAAGAAGACACCGCCCAUAAUUCCAGCUGCAGGAGCAGCAUAUCCAGCAGCAGCACCAUUUCCAGACGCACUGGUAGCGGCUGCGGAUGCCUUGCUAGAAACCGAUGAGGUGAGACUGCCAACUGCGCUCGUGGCCGAGCUGAUCAAGGAGCUGCCUGCGGCAGUGGCACUGCUGACGAGGCUGUUUUCCCGCGAAGAGGCACUGGCCAAGACACUGCUGAUGCGGCUCGACAGACUGCUCUGGGCGGACGGGGCAGCUGUGGCGGCUUCGGACCGCAGGCUGGAAGCCACUGACUCGGCGUCGGACUGGAUAGAGGCAGCGUCAGAUGUCAAGCGAGACACGACCGAGUCGGCUCCCGAGGGGACAUUGCUGGCAAUGGACGAGGCUAGCGAAGCGGCAGAUGUGACCAACGAUCCUCCCACCGAAGUAGCAUCGGAAGCGAUGGAUCCUGCCAGUGAUGUUGCGUCGCCGGCAACCGAAGUGGCACCUGAGGCGAUGGACCCGGCGACAGAUGUGAUGUCUCCGGCAAUGGAAGUGGCGCCUGAGAUGACCGAGUUGACCACGGAGCCGACGUCUUGGGCGGAAACGCUGACGGCGAAGGCCAGGAGUAGAGUCUUGGAGAGAUGCAUUGUGAGGUGUAAAUGUGUGUCGAAGAAGAGAUCCGGCUCGAGUUGGUUGGUGAGAGGUAGCAGGUAUGGAUGUCUGUUACUGUUUGCUCUGGCUAUGUACGGAAAGCGAGAGAGUUGCUGAUGGGUGAGGGUGUUGUGGUGGGCGUGAGAGAGUGAUGGUAAACAAAGAUGUUUCCGUCCUACGUCUGGCACCGAGGCUAAGGAAAGGGGCGACGGGCGAUGAUCGCGGCGAUGACGAACUAAUGAGCCACGAUCGCGACGUGCGACAGUCGCGGCUGCUCUAAGCCUUGCAAUAAUAUGGGUCAAGGAAGGGGAAAGUCAAGCCUUGUGGCAACGGCAGGGGCUGGGGCAUCCUACAGUGUACAACGUACGGUGUGGUUCAAGUUAUCCACGACGCGGCCUUGAAGCUGGGGCAGCUUUGCCUGCUGCCUGCUUCGCCCCCAAGCAUUCCGAGGGACGGCGUUGUUACUACUGUACGACUUGAAAGUAAUACAAUGAUUGCUUGAUUGCAAUCGACACUGGCACUGUGUGGAGCACAAAUUCGAGACAUUGCGAUGCCAGCCUUGUCGAGCAAGGGGCCCGAAGCGAGGACGAGGCCAGUGUUGCUUCCAGGGCGACGCCUGGGGAGCGUGUUGAUACUGUAGGAACCCGCCUGCAGUACUAAGCUUAAUAAUAAAGGUGGCUGAACGCUUCCCUUAGGCGAGCCCCCAACUUCCACUCGGGACGAAACACCUCUGCAUCGACGUCACCGGCAGACCACCUCAGGCUAGUAGUACUACCCUAGGUAGGGUGAGGUAGGGUGCUGCUAAGCACUAAACAGCCACAGAGCCACGCAAGCUUGUCUAGCUCACGUACCAGUUGUGGUUCCCACAGUACCUUAAAAGUUGCCUGGUAGGCUCAAAGAAAUACUGUAGAAAACUACAACGAGGUACUGCGGCACUGUAUUAUUGCAUCUCACACGAUUGCGAUCUGGCAGCGCUUCUCUCAUGCAGCCCUUAUACCUAAGUAUAGGGCAGUACAGGUAGAUCCUGCAGAAUCACCUGUGCCGGGUGAGGCGGAUAUUGUGGUACCGGUCCGAGGUAUUUUUCCAUAUUACAGUACUUGUGCAGUACAAUCCGGUACUUUUGCGGCGUUGUUAGUUGAAGCGAACUGUGAGAGCUAUCUGACGGCACCACUCCAUAGCUUGGUCUUAUUAAGGUAGUAGUGCUGCAGUGUGAAAGGCUUGUAUUCCCAGGUAGUAUGUACUAACUGCCGACCUUGCGACUAUCGACUCUGACUCUCGAACCGACAGUCAGUCGCGAUUGGUUUUCUCAUCUUAUUGGUUGCUGCUAAUUUUAUAAACAGCGAACACGCGUUCCCAUCUUCCAUAAACCGUUGGAAUUUCCUGGCUGAAGAUUCUGCUGCGACUGAGGCUGCUUCGCAUCCGUCGUUCUGCCUUGGUCUGAGUUGACGAACAGACUGACCAUCCUAGAGCCUUGUUUUGCGGGAUUCUAAUCUUGGUGGCCCUUGAACUGCUCGCUCGGUUCAACGGAGACUGCAUCCGGAUUGCACUGGCGGUUAGGACGCCUCGAACCUUCGGUCUGCCCUGCCUUCACCCUGGUGUCAUUUAGGUUCAAGGACGCAGAAUCACCACUCGAAAAGUCACGCCCUGCCAGGCUCUCGCUCGCUUGCACGCACAGAAAUGUUAACAAUUGAAGACCGGACAGUCCUACCGCGUUAGCCGAGGUCAACAUUCCAAUGGAGCUUUUUGCUGAAGCCUUACAACUUUGACCGCCGCUAUUCAACCUCAUGGGAGCCCGUGACCUGCCGGGAGCAGCAGGAGGACGCUCCCGACAUGGCUCGCAAGAAACCGAUAGUGAGCGAACUGGUUCGCCGAGCUCGUCUGGUGGUUCAUCAUCAGGACAGCUGUCCACCAACAUGCUCGUACCUACAACGCUCGAUUCUUAUCGCCGCGAUUUGUUCACCUCGUAUCCAGCCAUGACGGGAACCCACAGGAUGGAAAGCGUAGAUGAGUACGUGUACAUCCAGCGAAACGAGGAGCUUCUGCUCAAGGUUCGCCCGGAUCUGCAACAUCCUGUCCUUUCAGUCCUCUUUCCGAUGUCCAUGCAGGAUCCGAGCCUAUUCAAGUGUUUCCUCGUCGGCGCGCAGAGCCUUUACGAAUGGCGCCGGUUCCCGCGGCAAGCGAAACCCUCACAAACAAUGAUGUGCCUCCAGAGCGAGGCUAUCACAUCGCUUCAGAAACGCCUGACCUUGCCGGCUGCUCAUCUAGAUGAUGGCCUGGUCCUGUCGGUGCUGCAUCUCAUGGUCGCCGACGCUUGUCUCAGAGAUCUACCAUCGCUAAAAUCACACUUGAGAGGUAUAAGGCAGAUUCUAGCCUUGCGCGGAGGCCUGGGGGAUUCGCCUUCACACUUGUCAAUUCGCGCUCUGUUCACAACGGUCGAAUUCUACAUCGCACUCGGCCAAUACCUCAAGGUCAGUCCCGACGACCUACACGCUAUUCCCAGUGAGCCCUUUGAGUAUGUACCUCACCCCUUCCCACCGGACGUCUGUCGGUACGUCGCCACGCUUCCCAUAGGUCUCGCCGAGGCUGCCCUUUCUGCACAGUUGAGUGUGCAAUGCAUCAAGCUACUCGCUUCAGUCGCGCAAUGGGCUCCUUUGGUAGACGACUCGGAUGUUGAGAAGGGCUCUUCACCCAGCUCAGGGUCUGCUCUGGAUCCUAGGGUCAGGUACUGCCGGCUCUUUUGUGAGCCUAGAGAGUUCUGCCGCAAUGCAAUCGUUUUGCUUCUCUCGCUUCAACGGGCUGGUCGGCCGACUGGCCUGGAGCACAUCAUCAUGCUAGGGCUCAUCAUCACGGCCCGUCAUCUGAGCGGGGAGAAUCGUACAAACUUUUUCGACCAUGCCACACUUAACGCAUUGCUUAGCGACAUCAAAGCCAUCGAUACGCCCACUGUGGCAGAGACUGAAGUUAUCGUAUGGCUAGGUCUAAUCAUCAAUUGGCGGAGUCACUUUGCCGCCGGACCGUUGCCCGUUGCCGAUGCCCUACUUGACCAUGUUCUAGAAUCUUUCCCGGUCUCCAGGAACUGGCAGUCUGUUGCUACCAUCAGUCGCAAAUUCUUCUGGUUCCAAAGUUUCCAAGACGAGUGGAAGGUGUGCUGGCACCGAGGAAUGCAGAGGUUCCACCUCCGACAGCGGUCGACUACCGUAUCGUAAAAUAAGCUGGAUAUCACACAUUCAGGUCUUUUCCGCAACGAAUAUCAGGCGAUCCAGAACUAACCAUCCUGAUGGAGACAGGACAUGAUUCGGCAGAGAGCUUGCCUGCAUCAGCUGAACCGUCAAGUCAACUAAAAACCUGCAUGUUUUGCGAAGGCGGACAAAUAAUCAACGAUGACAUACUUCCGCCGAGUGGUCUCUUGGAACAAUAGCACACGGAGCCUCAUGCAGUCUGCGCGAUGCCAAAGCCAGAAUCCCUGACAUCUGAAAAUGUCACCUUCCGGAGCCGUGAUCGAUAAUCCGAGCAGGCGCUCAAAGGCACGAAACCGCUACGCCUUAUCUCGAUUCGACAUGUUUUUGGUACAGGCACAUGCAAACGAGCAUAACACCCGAGGUCUCGUCAACCCCGGAUGGCAGUGUUGAAAGACAGUCAGAUGCAUUGAGCCCCUAGAAUGUCGAUGCCGAAAGGGAUGUUCCUCUGACCAGUCACAGUGUUGAACGGAACCGGUUGGAGGUAUCAGUGAGCCUCAAAAGAACCAGUACAAGCUACGGUUCACUCGCCUAUUCGACGGUUCAUAACUUAACGAGGGAAAGGGUAAACAGGAUUAAUGCCCUUAAGAGCCAUCCUGCAUGAGGAAAGGCCAGAGGCAAUGAGCCUCUGCCGAGAAGCAAUGCAUGAAUGUGCAUUUCGAUCCUGCUGUGGCCUCGAUUCGAGACUACCACAGGCGAGGAAGGCUAGACUAACUAUCUGCAUACUAUCUAAGAGAGUAUCUUUCUGAUCGCAUCGUCUGGAUGCGCUAUCUCUCUGCAAGAACGUCCUUCAGCUGCAUCGGCGCGCCGAAAGGGUGUCUUGUCGAUGAUUGACAGUUUCAUGCUUCACCGACAGCUUUGCCAGUGCCGUCACUUCGAUCACGGCAGUGGUUGUGGAUUUUUCUGGGACGGAAAGAAAGUUGUUGUACCCUCUUGAUUCUCAUCUUGAACUCGCUUCGCGCGGCAACCGAGUUUGAGGGACAUCAUAACAGCAAUGGGUAGUGGUAUCUCAAAAGGACAACGGAACGCCAUUCAGACAGGACGCAAGAAAGCACAAAAUUCCAACCCAAGCCCAGAAUAUGGCCCUAUGAUUCCCAACCUUGCUCCAACGCUGAAAUGCAACGAUGUGGGUAUUCAUGUCUGAAUCCCUGGGCCCAGGGGCCAAAAGCAGUCACACCAUGAUCCUCCUCUUUCGUUGUAGCCGAAGGCUGGUUUUCCCUCAAGAGAUCGUUCAUUUGUUUCGUCAUUGGUUUUGGUGGUAUUCAAGAGCAAUGAAAAUUGCCGUGAGGCAACAUCUUGGAAAUAAGAGUCCGAAAGUCAUGUGAGUUUGGUUUUCUGGUGGUGGAAAAAAGGAGGUGAUUUGUACAUCCAGGGCCGAGGCCCGCGAGAAUGUCAGCAACGGGGUUCAGAUUUUACCACUGGCAUCGUUCUUCUUCAUGGCCUUUGCCAGCAUCAGCUUCCUCAUCCACUCGACACGCUCCUUUGAACUGUCGACGGCGAAGUGAUGAGACUUGCUCUUGUCAAAGAGCUUUCGACUCGACACGGUCUUGUCCUCGGGGAUCAAGGAGAAGGCAAAUGUCUGAUCGCCAGAUGGCGUCUUCCCCUGGCCGAGGAGGCUUUUCUUGAACGCAGCGCUCAGCUUGGAACCUGAUGCCUGACAAUAAGCAUGGAGGGUGAAGGCAUCAACGUCAAUGGCCUCGAGGGGAGUGGCAUUGGCGUAGUGGGUCUCGUGCAUGGUAAGUUUGGAGCCGACCAAGGUGCAGUAAUUGUCCUGCCACUCGUGGCGCAACAUGCGCGUUGUCCGGCGCUUACGCAUCCAUCCCUGGUGAUGCGCGAUGUCGAACUCUGCAAUCCCAGCUGCCUGGCGCCUUGUGACCAGAGGGUCGUUCUCCUUGACGGGAGCCACAGAUGGGGUAAAGGACCCUUGGCGAAGGUGCCGUGAAGGAUGGGCCGGUGGCGGUUGAGGUGACUGUUGAGCGGAUACACAUCGUUGAAUCGGCUCAGAGUUGGAGGUCUCAGGAGCGCUACCAUAGCGCAUUUCUGGGGGGACCGACUGCGAGACAUCUCGUUGACAAGGGUCUAUUGCCAUUGCCGUGACGGGCAUGUCUGUCGCCGACAUUGGGGUCUCGGUGCGGUAGAUAUCCGCAGGGGAAGCAACUCCGCCAUAGUGAUACGGGUCUCGCUGCAAUUGGGCUUUGAGCUGAGCCUGGAUGUGCGUGGGGCGAUGAAGAGAAAAUAUGGGUGUGCGCAUUGGGCUGUCGUCGUCCCUUUCGCCCGCGGGAAUGGUGAGUUUGGGUAGUUCGCGAAGAUGCUCGUCAAGGUGCGCCGACUUUGCGACAAAGGAGCCAGAUGGCGCCGGUGGAGGUGAUGGGUUGGAUGACUGAGAGGGACUUUGGAUAUGCUGGAAGCUGAGAAACUGCCUGACACCAUCCUGGGGGUCACGUGGGUGGAUCUCGCUGAGGGUUUCAGCAGUGAUCUUGAGUGCUGAAGGGCCAAGGACAUCUGACGACCCGACGAUGGAGGGAAGUGCUUCGGACGGGACCUCGGAAAUGGGUCGCCUGGCUUCUUCUUCAAAGGUUCUCUGCACUCGGUUGAUCCUCCGUUGUUGCCUUUGCCAUUUGGGACAGUCUUCCCCUCUAUCGCACUUGUGCUCUUUGGGAAGGACCUGCUCAAUGCCCACGAUGGAGACCGACUCGGCAGGGGUGACUGUGUCAGCUUGAGCGUGCCGAGCUCGUCGAUGACGAGAUUGAGACCGAUCCUCAAUGAACACGUGACACUCAUCUGAACGGGGAGGCCGUUGCAGAGUCACCGGACUUCUGGUGCUCCUGGAAGGUGUUCUGGAUAGAGGAGAAUCCAAGGAAAUCAUGCUGCUGUUGCGGAGCUGGUGGAUGGAGCUCAUGACCCUAUGGCGCUUGCCAAAGGAACUGAUGUCCAGUUCUUUUAGGUCUUCGAACUGCAAGUCGAUCAAGACGCUCCCGGAAAUAUCGUGGAUCAGAAAUUUCUCGACCACGGCGGGCUCAAAGCCAGCCUCGGCCAUCCACUCGGCCACUUGACGAGGCGUCCAGUCACGAACCUGGGACUCGUCAAGCUCGGCAACAGCAUUGGUCAAAGCACCGAUGGGCUUCCUGUCGGUCUUGUUGAAUUGCCCGGCCGGUGUUGUCAUGCUGUGGAAGACAUCGUCCUCCGGAUUGCUGAGGAUCUCCGGUGUAUGUCGAACCAGGUGAGGAUCCUGAUGGCCCAAGACGGCAGCCUUGCCAUCGAAGUGAAAUUCGAAGCCGCCCAGUCCGCCGGAGCUGGGAGGCGUAGGGAGCUCCUCGGGGCUUGACAGUGUCGACUGACUAUCAUCAUCGCGGCUGAACCAAGGAGACAGAGCUGUAUCGGAAUCGUCCUCGUUGUCUGUGUCGAAGAUUUCAGUGGCUUCAGACAGAGGCCGAGGCAACAUUGUAUGACGGCUCAAGAAUGAGAGGGUGGAAGGUUUCUGCAGCAUCUCAACAGACUGCAAGUGCAGCUGUUGGAAUUGCGAAGACCAGUCGUCCAUGCUGGAAGAGUCAACAAAGACAACGUGUCCGUGUCCUGGUUUACCAAACUUGAAGUCUGUCUGGGACAAAGGGAUGAAGAGGGCAAAACCAUGGGUGGGGAUGGAGGUUUGAGCGGGAACGAGGUAUGUAUACAACGUCGUGAAGGAACAUGGACGUGGGCGGCUACAACGGUCGGGGCCAAUGUGACAAGCCAAGGGGAUAUGCGAUAUGCGAGCCAGGAUAGGUGCAGGAGAGGAUAGUCGAAUCCUCUACUAGUGAAUUGGGACUGCAUGCUCGAAGAUGUGAAACGCAGCGGCAACAGCCAGUGAAGGUGUCGACAGGAAAUGCAUGCUGAGAAUGGCCUGUAUAGGCUGGCGGUAAAUCACAGCAGAUCCAAUCGACGGCCAUUCUAUGAAAAGUACGCGCCGAGAUGGAGGAGGGAACGAGCGCACCUUUGGGGAACAGACGGCAUCAUCCUUGUUUGGCAGUGAACGGCCGCCCGCAGUGGAUCCCGCACUAAAUCACAAGCCAAGCAUCGCCAAGCAUCAAGUAUUCCCCGCGUCUGCACCAAUGGCCUUCAAUAGUGAGCGGUUGCCAAAAAUACAACAGCUCUAAGCAAGCUGAGCUUGCCCGCAAUCGUGUUAGAUCGUGGCCUGGAAUAGCUACCGCCGCACUUGACUCGCUCUUUUGUAAGUGGCUCGAGCCGAGUGCCUUGCGGUUGCGGAAGGGCCUUCCUUCCCUUUAGCACUCCGCUAGGUACUAGGGACUGUUCGCUACGACUGCUACUAGUAGUAGUGAUUAUCUAGUAGCUCCCUACUGCUACAGGACCUAACAGUAGUAGUAGUAGAAUGGGUGAUAGUAGCGAUCGUGGGGGGGUCUCGACUACUCGGAUAGGAUUAGUACGGGCACUGGUGGUGUGGUGGUGCCAGUGGUACAGCACUCUACAACUACAAAAGUUAGGUACUCUGCUCGUUGAUCCCUGUCCGCGCCGAACCGCCAAACUC